AUGAUAAACAGAUACGCGACGGCAAACUGCCCCCGGACACCGGCUCCGCUGAGAAACGCUAGCUUUCUCAUGUCUGCUGCAGCCAUCCUCGAAACUCCUACACUGCUGAAGAAAUCUUCGCCGGUUUCCUCUAGCUCCGGGAUAGGUGUGGCCACCUCCGGCGGUCACCACGAACUGAAUCCUCCCUCGGCGGCUUCAUCCGCCGCUAUGCAGUUCCUUAUGCUGAACCAUCAGUUUCAGGUUGCCGCCAACAAUGGGUCUCCGUUUCACGCUGGAAAUGGUGCGAACAAUGCGCGUUUUAGUUUCCCCUCACCAUAUGUGGCACCUGACGGUGCCACGACGGUAGCAAGCAGUGUACAAAAUAUGCAGAUAUCUAGCAACACCGAAGGUAACCUCAAAAGAAAAAUGGAUGAUUCUAACGCAAAAAAGGCAGUCAAGCGGGUGGCUUUUGAACCCGUUCCGUUUAAACAGAACUCGAACAACACUAACUGGCCAAAGCGUACGGUUCCGGCAAUCACGUCAGGUCCUUCAUUUAAGCAACCUACGAAAGCGCCGAACGAAGCUGCUAAAAAGGAUCCGAAACAGCUCCGACUGAUCACGGGUUCGAUCGAGCACAUUCUCAAAAUGACCAAGGUAGCUGCGGACGGCCGAUCGGCACUGUUGGAACUGUACGCCAACGUGCUGAGCAUCAAGGAGGGAGCGUACGAGUGCGAAAAGGUUUUGCUGCUGCGUAACCGGUCCGGUCCGGUGAUGCAGGGUGUGUUUUACGAGAUCGAUUUCCGCAUGACGGCCAUUGUGACCGGUGAUUUGGUGCGCUGUGUGGGCCGGCUGAGCGGUGGAAGCCGGCUGCAGAUACUGAAGAUAACACCGGCCACCCCGGAGGACGAGCAGUUGGGUGGACGGUUGCAAACCGUUAGCAGCUUCGCUGCCGCCGUGAAGCGGUGA